AUGACUCAACAGGAAGCAGAGGAUGCACCAGAUGUGAUCACUGGUACGAUUUUGAUUUGUAAUGUACCUGCACGUGUUUUAUUAGAUUCUGGCGCUACGCAUUCCUUUGUUUCUAGUAUGUUUUUAACCAAGCUGAAUAGGAUGCUAGAGCCUUUAUCUGAAGAGUUAGUCAUAUGCACACCAGUUGGUGACGUUUUAUUAGUCAGUGAAGUGUUGCGUGAUUGUGAGGUUGUAGUGGAAGGUCUAUGCAUGUUGGUGGAUCUUCUUCCCCUAGAGUUGCAGGCGUUGGAUGUAAUUCUGGGAAUGGAUUUCUUAUUCACUCACUAUGCUUCGAUGAAUUGCCAUAGGAAAGAGGUGACUUUUAGGAAACCAGGUUCGACUGAAGUUGUUUUUAGGGGUGAGAGAAAGAUUAUCCCUACGAGUUUGAUUUCAGCUCUGAAAGUUGAGAAGUUGUUGAGGAAAGGUUGCACAACGUUUCUUGCACACGUGGUUGAGGUGCAAGAAGAAAAGUUGAAACCAGAAGAUGUUCCUGUAGUGAAUGAAUAUCUAGAUGUUUUUCCAGCUGAUUUAUCGUGUUUGCAGCCUGGUAGAGAAGUGGAAUUCACAAUUGGAUUGUUACCAGGAACAACACCUAUUUCACAGGGAAAAGACAUACUUGACAUAAAUCAUCCUGUUGGCCCCUUUGGAACUAAGGUCUAUUUGGAGGAACAAGUUCUAAGGUUCAUACUCGACGUUGAUAUUCUUCAGCUGGCUAACUUCUCUUAUGCGGAAACCUAUGAAUUCCAAUUUCACACAACCGUGCGGGUUCAUGUUCCGAUCAGUUACCAAUCCUGGAAGGAUGUACCUACAGAGCUCAAAGAUAAAAUUUACGAACUAAUUGAGGGUGGCUUCGUAGUAGACCCCAGAUCCAAAAAGAGUAUUUUACAAAAUGCGAGUGUAUGUUUUCGAAACUUCAAGUCGUCGCUAACUACAAAGCAUGUAUUACCAUAUAAGAAAGAUUUGGAGAAACUAAAAGACCCACCAACAGAAUACUCUUUCAUCGAUCGUGAGCAUUGGAACAUAUUUGUCGCUUCCAGAUUAACCGAACAAUUUGAGAUGGUUAGCAACAAGGGACGUGAGCGGAGAAAGAACAACAAGUACAACCAUCGAAUGUCGCGAAAAGGUUAUGCAAACCUUACCGAAGAGAUGAAAGCAAGCACAUCUAAUGGUGAGUUAAUUGAUCGUGCUUUAGUAUGGAAGAAAGCACGAACUACUAAAGAUGGAGAAAUUCCAGACAUAGACACAAAGGAGGUGGCCAAUAAAAUUGACAACCUACUUGUUUCAAAACGUGCGUCUCAUUCAAUGGACAACGUAACUUGUGAUAUAUUAUCGCAAGCCAUCGGAGGGAAUGAUCCACCAGGAAGGAUUCGAGGGGUGGGUCAAUACGUCACACCAAGUAAAUACUUCCACACUGCAAGAGAAAAACGAAAGAAGGUCGGUAAAGAAGAAGAUUAUGCUGAAGAGCGAGCGAGAAUGGCUGCUCGUAUCUUAGAACUGGAAGCAGAAUUAAUGAAGCAUAAGAAGGUUCCUGAAGUGGCCACAAAGGGAGAAACUGACGAGAGCAAGAUCAAGAGUCAAAUGGCUUCUAAAAGCAUUGACACAUCAGAUGAUGCAAAUGAUCAUGACGCAAAAGAAGAAAAUAGACAAGUUCUAGAAGACUUGACAAUAGAGGACUUGACAAUAGAAAAAGAAGAUAAGGUUGGUGAGGAGAACAAAUAUGUUUGUGCAUCGAUUGAGACUUUGAAAAAAGUGAAGGAUGGCACUUCUUGUCGACUUGCAAUUGGGACUAAGGACAAUGUUGUCGGUGCUGGAACUAUUUUCGACUACUACAUGGACGGUGACAACGUGAAGGUAUCAGUGGACAUGGUUACCGAUGGUAAUUGCUUCGUUCCUGUUCCAACAAGGGAAGGUAGGACUAUGCUUUCCCAAGAAGUUGGUUCACAGUUGUUAUGGCCUCGUCAUUUAGUCAUUCCCCUAGACGAAAAGAUGAAAAGCGUGUACCAAGCUGAUCCGCGAUUACCGUCGUUGACACUGAAUACAAAGAGAGCACCAGUUACACUACGAUUAUUGCUAUGGGAACUUGAUUAUAUUGGGUCAAAAAUUCAAAUUCACGUACCUGCUAAAGUUUUUGGGUAUGAACGAAAAUGUUGCAUAUUCCUCGAGGCACUCCAAGAAUUUUGUCAAAUGCAGCCUAUAUCAACCCAAUGCAUUGAUGCAUUCAUGUUUCACCUCUACAAAGUGAUGGAAGAGAAUGGAACGUUGGGAUCCUACAAGUUUGCAGACGCUGGCUCUAUUUCAGUUGGUAUAAGUAAAGAAGAUCGAGCACAGAUCCUGAAUGCUAGAUUGCUUGGGACCGACCAUCGUCAGAUUUUGAUGUUUCCUUACAAUUCAGGAAACCAUUGGUGUCUAAUAGCCAUCGAUUUUUCAAGAGGCACUGCAUAUUGGAUGGAUCCUUUGAGAAAUCGAAUUAACAAUGAUGCCUCUGAUGUCGUCCGGAUGGCUUUCGACAUUUCGAACAAGAAGAAGCCUGUUUGGAGGAUAAUCAAGUGUCCGAAGCAAGGUGGCAUUGUGGAGUGCGGGUAUUAUGUGAUGCGAUUCAUGCGGGAUAUAAUAUUGUCAAGCAACAGGACAAUCAUUGAAGUAAUGGAAGGAUCAACCUCAACAUACUCACAGGACGAUUUAGAUGUCGUAAGAACGGAGUGGGCUGAAUUCGUUAACAAAUAUAUUUUCUGUUCCCAAUCUCAAAGGUAAUUGAAGAAUAGAUGGAUCAUGGUAUCGAUCAAGUUCAUUCCUACAUUAGUUUGAUUAGAUUAGGUCGUACAUAUAUUACAGUUAAUUUAUCUUUUGGAUUAUUGGAAAACCUUUACCGAC